AAUACAUCUACAGUAGUGAAAAUGAAAGUUUUUACUGAUAGGAGUAAUUCUGAAUCUGCUUCACCUCUAACUAUAGAGAUAAACAUCCGUUUGUGGCUCAGAUGGCUUAUCUGGGCUCUCCAUUUUGGCUGUUAAACUUUGUGCAUCCUCAGUCUUAAGCUUGAGCUAUACCCUCAUCGUCAUUUAUCCCAGGACUGCUAUGGUUACUGGAGUCUUGGUUCUAGCAAACUGCCCUUACUGACUGUCCGGCUGUAGAUCACAGCAGGCCACAGUGCCUUGAGCCUUCCACCAGAAGCAAGUCAUAAAAGAAAAAGAGCAAAUGAUUAAACUCUGCCUCUGGCCAUGCGUGCUGAAGAUACAUGAGGAAAUGACAUGGAUCUUCCAAAGAGAGAAGUUUGAGCUGUUGAUGUCUGUGACUCAUACUCUCAGAACUAAGGCAAUUAUGAUCUAAGUUCAUCGUGACAAAACAUGGAGAUGAUCAAUACAACUGCUUUGCCAAAUGUCUCAAACAUGGACCUCGACCACUGUGAUGCAUAUUGCAGGACGAUUCUGAUAACACUCUACAGCGUGGUUUUACUGGGAGGCACUAUUGGAACAGUUAUAAUGUCAUGCAUGAUGUUCAAGAGGAAUAGUCAGUCAGUGAUUGCCACCAUCAUCUUCAAUAUCAUGGUGCUGCACUCUAUCCUCCUGGUCAGCCUUCCGUUCCGCCUCAGCUAUUACCUGUCAGUCAUCUGGGAGCUGGGAACCUUUGCCUGCCGAGUGGUUAGCAGCAUCAUAUACUGGCAUAUGUACUUCUCCUUUCUUUUCUAUAUAGUUAUUGUUAUAUUCCGAUUACUCAUCUAUUUUAAAAAACUCCAGACACAACAAUUACAAAAGUACCAUGCAGUAGUCUUAAGCAUAAUUAUUUGGAUGGUGGGUAGCCUUAUUUUUUUGCCAAUAUUUUUUUUACAAUAUGGCACAGAUCCAAGUUACUCAGAAAAACAGAGAUGCUUUGAGUUCUACAGAGAUCUCAGCUGCAGGCAAAUCAUUAUCAUGAACUACUCUAUGAUUGUCAUUAUGAUGACAACGGUUGUCAUCCUUUUUUUGAUACAGAUGGCUGUCAUCCUUCAGCUGGUGAAGGCUCUCUGGCCUGACAUGUGGGCCCAUCAAGAAUAUAGAGCCCAAAUUAAGAGUUUUUUCUUUCUCCUAGUAAUACUCAUCUGUUUCAUACCCCACCAUGCAUUCCGGGUAUACUUUAUUCAAAAUUAUUCAGGGAGAGAAGAUUCUAAGUUAGUUCUUUACAAUGAAAUUUGUAUUGCUUUAACGACUGUCUGUUGCCUGGACAUGCUGUGUUUUAUAGGUGGAGUUAUCCACUAAACCUUCCUAUGUCACUUGCUUUGUAAUCAGUCUCCCCAUAGGGUGACAAAAUUGUUUUAGUUGACUGGUAUUGCUGUGAUUUCAAGAUUUUUCAAGCUCCUUGCUCUUACACAUCAAAUUUAGAUUGCUCUUUAUCAACAUUGGUUUUCUACAAAAAAAUAAUAAGGAUUGAUUAUUCUCCUUUCUUGAAAGAACAAUUAUCAGGCCCACAUUUACUAUAGUGCGUGUUCAAUCUUUUAGCACAAUACAAAUUGACCACACUAUCCUUUUUUUUUUCCCAAUGUAAUACUGACUUCAGCUAAGGUCAGGUGGUAGUACUCUCCAGAUAUUUGCACUUGCUACAAUGCUCUUUCCCUCCAUUUCUAUUCUUUAAGAUCCAGAGAACUUGAAAGUAGGAACUCAAUAGUUAAAUUGGGCUUUAUUCUUUUUUUUUGACGUAUAAUUUUAUUUUAUUUAAAAAUUUUUUUUUCUGCAGUUAAAUUGGGCUUUAGAAAAAUCUUAAUUUAUUCAACUUGUGAUAGAUGCCUCUUGAAAAUUACUGAUUGCCAGUAAAGCUACAGGCUUUGGUAUUCCGAGGAAAGCCUUAGCUCAAAGACAGUAGUCAAGAGAUUUAGAGGAAUGACUGGAAUUGAUGUGGGUCAAUGCAGAUGCAGACAUAGUAGAAACUCUGUAAGUUGAGGCUACUCCCCAGAUCUACCUUCCAAAACAUGAAUCCAUUAAGAAGGAAAUGAAAUAUGAAAAGGCAAGAAGAAACCGGACUUAGUCAAAGCAUGCCCACAGACUAGUUCAAACCUUUGAGACCAUGGGACUUUUUGUAUGAUUUCUCAAGGCACCCCGUACAACAAAGUAGCGUUACAUAAUUAAAAUUAACACUGGUAUCAGAGAAGCUCAAUAAAAACAACCAAGACAAUCAACUUGAAUUCUACCUGUAUGAUAUAGAAAUUGACAUGCACUACUAGUGAUGUUAUCUUUGAGACUAUAUUUAAUGAACCAUAUAGCUAAAUAAAGCCCUAAGAUACAGGACAAAGCUGUGUUUAGUAACCAUGAACCUUUGGGUGAGAUAUUUAUAAUCUCUGUCCUGUUUUUAGUGUUGUAGGGUUCUGAUGAAGCUGAACAAUGUAACAACAUGUGUUAAAUAUUGGAAGAAUGCCUGGCAUGUGGGUCUCAGAAUGAUAUUACUCCUCUUUCCUAAUUCCAUGACAUCUUUUAGCAAGAAAAUUUUAAUAUAGUUUCUCAAAUUACACAAAAUGUUGAUCCAUAUAGCAGUAUAUUUUGAAAUCCUAAGAUGUUAUUGAUCAAUGUUGACCUUAUACUUUAUUAUUAAAUCAAUAAUUAAAUGAAUGCUUAUUACUAUUCUAGCCUAUAAGAAAUUGCCAUUAUUAUUAAUGUAAUCAUUAUACUUCAAAUAUUAUAGUAGAGCUAUUUCAUAAUUCUGUUGUCAUAGAACAAGAUAAACAGCAGUGUACUUGAGUUGCAUUUAAUCAAUGUUUCUAAGGGAUAUAGUGUGCCUUAAGCACUAAUCUCAAGAUGAACUGCAAUUGACUUAUUCAGUGCUCAACUUCCUCAUAUACUGGAGUCCAUGAGUUUAUUUUUAAUGUCAUAUGCAGUCCCUUAAAGGGCCUCCAAUGAUCCAUGUCUUCUAAUAUUCAUAUUCUUAUAUAGUCUUCUCCUCCUUCAUUGACUUGUGAAUGGAAUAAAGCAGAGAAAUGGAUGUUAUAUCCAAUGUUAGGUUGUAAAAAAGCUGCAGCUUCCAUCUUGGGCACUCUGUCUCUCUUUCUCUCUCUUGGAUUGCUUCAUUCAGGAGGGACGCCAUGCCACGAAUCAGGCCUAUGGAGAAGCCCAGGUGGCAAAGAAUUGAGGUCUCUUAACAGUCAUGAGAAUGAACUUGGAAACAGAUCUUCUGAGUGGGCAUGGAGUGAGCACAGAAGUAAAUCCUCUCCUGUUGAGCCUCAAGAUGACAGCAGCACUGGUUAGCACAUUGCUUACUGCCUCAAGAGAGAUCCUGAACCCCACCACUUGGCUAAGCUGCUUCUAGAUGGAUGACUUGGAACUAUGAGAUAAUGAAUGCUUGUUUUAAGACUUUAUGUUUUGGGAUAAUAUGCUAUUUUAUGCAGAAAUAGAAAAGUAAAAUGAUAAACCAAUUAUUUAGGUUGUAGAAGACUGCUACAUAAAACCCUGUGCCUGACAUUUACAACCCACUUGCUAGUCUCCAUCUGCUUCUGUUGUUGGUAAUAAUGAACACAUGCUUGCCUGUUCUCUGAUGCAGUCAGAAGUGUGUCUGUGAUUGUAUUAGAAUCUUUAUUUUUAUCCUGGAUGAGAAGGAGUGGGUAUACAUGAGAAUACAUGGGUAUACCUUGGGGUAAAUAUUGCAAGAGGAACCGUUAGGGGUGAGAUAGAAUUGUUAAUUAUGUUGAAAUAUUGGCUAUUGGAUUUCCAUGUGUGGUUCCUGACUAUGAGCAGCACCUAUGAUCUUGUGUAUUACUCUUUGUUGUUAUAGCAGAGUACCACAGACUAAGUAAUUUAUAAAGAAAAGAAAUUUGCUUGUCAGAAUUAUGGAUGUUGGGAAAUACAACAUCAAGAUAUCAGCAUUUGGUGAAGUCUUCUUGCUCCAUCAUUUCAUGGAAGAAGGCAAAAAGGCAAGAGAGAAUGUGAGAGAAAGAGAAGGCCAUAUUUGCUUUUCUAAUAAGCCCACUCUCAAGAUAACUAACCCACUUUUAUGAUAAUAACAUUAGUACACUCAUGAGGAUAGAAUCCUCAUGAUCUAAUCAUUUAUUUUUAGGCCCCAACUUCCAACUAUUGCAUUGGAAAUAUAUCUCUAUCCAUUUGAGGGAACACAUUCAUACCAUAGAACCUUAUUGAAAUGCAAAUUCUCAAGUCCCACCUGAGACGCACUGAUUCAGAAAUUCGAGGUGUGAGGCCUAAACAUGUGGUUUAACAUGCUCUUUCAGUGAUUUUGUAGCAGGCUAAAAAUAUACGUGAUGCUGAGGAUCGAACCCAGUGCCUCACACAUGCCAGGCACAGGCUUUAAGAGAUUGUCAACUUUCAUAUUCUGUUUUGUGAACACUGGAUUUUGGAGCCUGAAUUACCAUAGAAGAAGUCUGUUGGAGAGAUUACCUGGAGAGGAGACUACAUGGAGAAGAGGGGAAGAGCCAGAUAAGACCAGUCUUCCAGCCAAAGCAUUAGCUAUAUGAACGAAGCUGUCUUGGACUCUCCAUUCCAACCUUGCUGUCAGGUGAAUAUCACCAAGUGACCUCAGUCCAUAUCACAUGGUGCAGAAAAAUUGCCCACUCCAUCGUAUCUAAAUUCCCGAUCCUAAGAUUAUAAGAUAUAAUGAAAUGGUUUAUUCUAGGGAUAAUUAUAUAGCAAUUAAUAAUUACCACAUAUAUAAUUUAAAAUUUUCUAGUUGCCAUAUUUAAAAAUUAGAAACUGUUAAAUUAAAUUUAAGAUUAUAAUUUAUUUAACCCAUUUUAUUAAAAAAUAUUACCAUUUAAAGAUAUAGUCAAUACGAAACUUUUUGGUGGGAUACUUCGCAUUAUUUUAUUCAUGAGAAGAUUUUCAAUCCAGUGUGUAUUUAAUGCUUGUAGCACAUUCUAAUUCUCAGAAGUUGUAUUUCAAUAGCCAUACAUAGCUCAUGGCCACUGUAUUAGACAAUAUAGAUACAGAUCAUCCAGAGAUUAUUUAGAGGUGGGUCUCAGGAUCCUUUCCUUAUAGGAUGCUGGCCCUUUAAUCUUUCUGAUAUUCAUUUUCUCCCCUGUGCAAUGGGAGUAGAACCUACUUAGAGAGCUGACAUGAAAAUUAUAUUGGGUUAUAUAAGGUACAAAUUGACAAUGUCCCAGUGUGUAUCAAAGACUCUAGAAGUCGAUUUUUAUCAUUCUUACUGUGCUUGUUGGAGAUACUGGGAAGAGGACAAGGGAUAGAAUACUGCAGGAUCAGGUGCCCUUCAGCAUUCUGGGAUGGUUUAGCUUGUAUUUUCCAGCAAAACUUUGUUCCUACUUCUGCCUACUUGUUUCUGCAUCCUACUAACAUCCCUGAUCUGUCCGUGAGUUCUGUACUAGAAAUAAGUACUGACUUUAAGGGUGGUCCUUCCUUGGGGAAAAUUUUCAGACUACAUCCCCCUGAGGAAUCCUACCUUUAAUUUUCUUUGACCCAAUCUGUGUGAUUUCCAUAUCAGGUAAUCUCUCUUACCUACGUGCAUAUUUAAUUCCCAGGUACCAACACAUAUUACUCAGUUAAAUACAAACAAAUACUUUAAUAAUAUUGAAGAUGGGGCUGGGAUUGCGGCUCAGCGGUAGAAUGCUCACCUAGCAUGGGCAGGACCUGGGUUCGAUUCUCAGCACCACAUAAAAAUAAAGGCAUUGUGUUGUGUCCACCUACAAAAAAAAAAAAAGAUUCUCUCUCUCUCUAAAAAAAUAUUGAAGAUGGAUAUCUCAGAUAUUAAUAGGCCUUUGAUUGAAUAAAAAUGUGUGCAUUUUUUAAAAACAUUUUUUAGCUGUUGAUAGACCUUUUAUUUAUUUAUACGUGAUGCUGAGGAUUGAACCCAGUGCCUCACACAUGCCAGGAAAGUGCGCUACCACUGAGCCCCAGCCUCAGCCCCCAUACAUGUUUUUAUUAACAAAUUUAUAAUUGAUCCAGGCCCAUAGAACCAAGGGACAGAAAUGCUUCCUCCUGUGAGUCCACCUACCAGAUGGACAGCUGUAGCCACAUGUAGAUCUGCCCUGUCCUGCCUUCUUUGCUCAAACUCAUAAUUGGUAAUUUAUUAUCCUACAAAAUGGCACAAGAUCUCUGAUGUCCAUACCUAAAUGUCUUUUAUUCUCCCAGUGUUUGUGGUUCUUGUGACACUAGAUCACUGCUGGGUUCCAAGAAGAGACUGAAUAAAUGGUCUCCUUUCCAAAUUCAAGCAGUACUUCCUUGGAUGAGCCCCAAAGCAGUUCUGCUUGGGCCAAGAGUCUCACAGAGUUCUGUUAGCUUUUGGCCUCUAUUCCAUGUGUAAAAUGUCAUCAAGCCUCUUGACAAAUGGUUUUGAAUGUUUCUGAUUACGCUUUUUCCAACCAUUUGUGUUGCUCCAUUUGCCCCACCACAUCUGUUCUCCAUACUUCCCUGCUCUGUCCUGCUCUGAGCAGUCAGUAGGCUGGCUCCUAUGCCAGUCAGGUUUUUUUUUUUUUUUUCUGCUGUGAUCAAAAGACCUGACAAGAAAAAUUUAGAGGAGUAAAAGUUUAUUUGGGAGCUCACAGUUUUCAGAGGUCUUAGUCAAUCUUAGUCAAUAGGUAACCAACUCCAUUCUUUUGAGCAAGAGUUGAGACAGAACAUCAUGAGAGAAGAGUGUGGCAGAGGAAAGCAGCUAAGGACACCACUUCAGGAAACAGAGAGGGGAGAGAGAGCUUCCCACACAGUGGACAAAAUAUAAACCCCAAAAGCUCAUUCCCAAAGUCCCAAAAACCCACCUCCUCCAGCCACAACCUACCUGCCUACAGUCACCUCCCACUCAAUCUUUAUCAGGGAAUCAAUGCACUGAUUAGAUUAAACCUAUCAUAACCCAGUCAUUUCACUUAUAAAUCUUCUCCCAGUGUCUUAUCUAAACCCGAACAUCUCUGUUAUGGACUUUCUUGCCACUUGGCUUCUUGUUGGUUUUGGCUCCUGGGAGUUAUUCUCAGGAGAUAACAUUUAGAGAAAGAAGUGAAGUUGAGAUGUUAUUCUCUUCUCCUUCCCAGUUCAGGUAUGUCUUGCAUCCUUUCCAAACAACAACCCCUGAUGGUGGCCCAGCUCUCACUGGGUCCUGUUAAUACCAACAGUUUGUUCUCUCCAUCUCUUCAGACCUUGAUGUGCUAGUCUCUGGACACAUCAUGUCCCUGAUGACUUCCCUAUUCCUGCCCACACCUCUGAGAAGAGCAUCUUCAUGAAGUUUAUCCAUCGAGUUACAUUUUAUGCUUCAGUUUAUCAUCGAUGGGAUUCUGUUGAAACAGACUGAAAUUAAGAGUCCUUUUGAAAUCAUGGACAACUUCUUCAGGUUGAACAGCUGCCUACCCUGGGCUGGAGGACACCAAGGAAGCAAAUCGCCCCUUCCUCUUGCCUGUCUACCACAGGCUGACUAAAUCUGCAUAAGUAUAUUUCGUGCUUUUUGUCCUGGUUUGCUACUACUCGUAAGUUUUUCCAGCUCUCAGAGCCUCCAAAGAUGGAAAUUUUGAAACAAAAAGUUUCUUUUGUCUUCCUUCAAAGCUGGCUUUGAAUAAAACCUAUUUUCCUACCAAUUUGGCUCUGAACACUUGUGGAGCACUGAACAGCAGAGCCUAUCCAUACCCUCCAUCCCACUGAGUAGUAAUAGUAACAGUUGGUAUAACCAUUUCCUGUAAAGAAACUAACUGGUCCUUCAUAGGAGCUCAAAUCCAUUCAAUUCCAUUCCUUGAGACAACGUGGGGGAAGAGAACCAGUUCCAUCCUGUCCAUUUGCUUGCCCUACCCAACUCAACUGUCCUCUUCCCCUUUCCACAAAGCCAUCUUGAAUGCCAAUAUAUUCAAAGAAAUAAUGAGAUAGGGAGAGGAGGUGGAGGUGUCUGUAGUAAUAUCAAUUUAGUGCUGGAUGAAGUUAAACAGCAUUUUAUACAGAUCUUAAAGUGGACUCACCAGCUCGUUCCCAUUCUCCUGAGUGAAAGACCAUAGGCUUCCAUUUUACCCAAAACAACAUCAUGUCAGAGCACUGAAGAACCUGGCAGGAGGUUUGUGAUUCCAGUGCCUCCUUAUUCUCAUCUCAGUUUCUUUCUAACAAAUAGCAGUGCUGUGGCAAGAUUCUCUUGGCCAAUACUUUAUUGCAAAAAAUGUGGCAUCUACUUAAACCCUUUCUCAAACCCCUGAGUACUCUGUUUUGAAUACUAGCAUUUCCACAGAGCUUAGUUUAUGUAAUGGGUACCAUUCUCCUCUUUAAAUUAUUUUUUCAUAAAAUCCCAUUAAAUUGUAAUUUUAUAAAAAAUUGCUUUCAACUCAUUUUGGAUUUGGGGAGGGCAGAGAAAAUACAACGAUUAUUACGAAUGAAUAUGUGUCUGGUAACUGGCUUUAGAGUUUCUACUUCCAUAUGAUUCUCCACUGAGCCUAUUAGUCAGAACUGUCAUACAGAUUACUUGAAAGAGAGAAAAAUUGUAGUAGGAGAAAAGAUGUAGGACCUGAAUCACAAUGUGCCAUAUGGUCAAUAUCAUGCAUCUGUUGCAUGGAGAAUGAGAGUUUGAAAAAUAAUAAUUUAUUGGGAUGCAAAAAGAGUAGUACAAGAAAUUUAUUUCUAUUUAUGUUUUAUAAAAAUAAACUAGUUAGGUUGUUAUCAAUAUUACAUGAGUGGGUGAUCAAACGUGUAUGAGUAUAAACUAUGAAUAAGCAAAUAUAUAAUGGGGAUGUACACUAAUCUUUAAAUGAUAAGGAUAGAUGAUGACAUAAUCUGAAACCCAUGGUCCUAAGACACCAUUCCAGCAAUGAUGGUAUUCUUUCUCAAGGUUUUUCUCACAAGAGAUAAAACUGCUCUUGGUUUAGGAAAGCAUCUUGAUAAAAUUUUAUGAUUUAGAAAGCAGAUUUAAUUCCUCUGCUGGUCUACAUGGGGGGAGUUGAAAAUUGUAGGAGUUUGGGUAUUGUUUCAGACGGGAUUCAGGGACUCAGAGAAAAGAAGAGCUGGGGGAGUUUAGCAGGCAAAGAGGAGGCUGCAAAAAGAUAGACCUGGGGGAAAUGACAUCUAUGAGACAGAAAGGAUCAAUGGCUCAUGGGAGGUCAAAUAUUUAUUGGAUGUCAUAUAUUUUACUUUUUUAUGUACUGACAGUUUUUGACAGGAGUUUCAGGUACAUAAGAAAUGAGUGGAAAGUAUCUUCACAGCAUCCCCUGCUAUCAAUUUCCCCACCAGUGAUACAUUUAUUACCAUCAAGGGACCUAUACUAGCACAUCAUUAGUCCCCAAAGUCCAUAGUUUGCAUUAGAAUUCAUUCUUGGUGUUGUACAUUCUAUGCAUUUUAACAAAUGUAUAGGGACAUGUAUUCACUAUUAUGGCCUCAGACAGAACAGUUUUGCUCUAAAAAUCCUCUGUGCUACACCUGCCAUCCUUCUCUCCAUGACCCUUUGGCAAUUCUUAGAUAUCAUCUAGACAUCAACAAUGGGUCAGGAGUUUAAGAAAAUACUCAGUACAAAGCAAAUCAGUUAAUGAACAGCUCUGCCUCAGUGAUAUUCAAGACCUGACAAGAUAGCUAUUUCAGGCCUCUUGAUUGAUCUCAACCCUAUAAACUGUUCUCUUACAAGAGGAGGAGGAUAAAUUCAGCUAUGUUUGCUCAAAGAGCAUAAUUGCUAAGAAAUAUUAAGCUAGACCCUGCAUAGACAACAGAGACCAGAGAUUCCCAGACCUAGGCAGACAGCAUAAUUGAGACUGAAGCCCACCUACCAUAAAUUCUGUAAAACCAGUUCUAAUUAGGACCUGUCAGCCAGGUGGAAACAAACAAGAAUUGCCUUUUAGGUUGUUAGCUAAUGUAAUCUGUCAAUACAGAGCUGAGAUAUGAUACUUGGGUUGGACCUUCUAGUAAUUUCCCUCCUACCCCAGUAAACACAAAGUGAAUUGUCACCCUCCUUUCUGAGAAGACUCACUCUCUUCCUGAAGGUGCUUCCUCCACUUCUUCCCCUUCUAAUAACUUUGCUGUACUUUUCCUAAGUUUCAUAUCUUGCCUGAAAUUGUCUCAUGUGAAAGCACAAAGCUGAGAAUAUAGUUACCAUUUUAUCUUCAUUAUCACAACCACUGAUCUUUUUACAGUCUCCAUAGUUUUGCCUUUCCUAGAAUAUCUGGAAUCCUGCAGUAUGAAGCCUUGUCAGAUUGGCUUCUUUCACUUGGUAAUAUACAUUUGAAUUUCCUCCAUAUCUUUUCAUGACCUGUUUUAGUUCUUUUUAGUAUUGAAUAAUUUCCACUGUCUAGAACCAGAGUUUAUGUAUUCACUCACAGAAGAAUUUGCUUCCAAGUUCUGGCAAUUUUGAAUAAGGCAACUAUACAGGUUUUUUUUUUUGGACAUAAGUUUUCAACUAUGUUGGGUAAAUACCAAUAGGGGGAUUGCUGGAUCACAGGGUAAAACUAUGUAUUAUUUUAUAAGAAAUUGUCAAACUGUCUUCCAAAGUGUCUGUAUUGCAUUCCGAAAGGCUCUGAAUGGGACUUCCUGUGGUCAGUAUUCUGAAUUUUGGCCACUGUAAUAGGCUCAGUAGUGAUAUUUCUUGUUAUUUGAAUUUUGAUUUCCUGAUAAAGGGAUGUGGAACUUCUUUUCAUAUGCUUAUUUGCCAACUGAAUAUCUUAUUUGGUGAGGUGUCUGUUAACAUUUUUAGCCCAGUUCCUAAAUUGGGUUGUAUAUAUUCUUAUUGUUGAGUUUGAAAUAUUCUAUGUAUAUUUUGGAUAAUUUAUUAGCUAUCUCUUUUAUAAAUACUUUAUCUCACCCUUUGUCUUUUUAUUCUCUUCACAGUAUAUUUCCUAGUGCAGAAAUUUCUAAUUUUAAUAAAACUCAGUUUGCUGAUUA